AUGGCAUUCAGGAGGCAACUAAAAAACUUUGUGAAAAAUUACUCAGAUGCAGAAAUAAAAGUCAGGGAAGCAACUUCUAAUGACCCUUGGGGUCCUUCUAGUUCUCUGAUGUUAGAUAUCAGUGACCUGACUUUCAACACAGUUUCUCUCUCAGAGAUUAUGAGUAUGUUAUGGCAGAGACUCAAAGACCGUGGGAAGAACUGGCGCCAUGUGUAUAAAUCCCUUACCCUAAUGGAUUAUCUCAUCAAGAAUGGAUCAAAGAAAGUUAUUCAGCAUUGCAGAGAGGGGUUCUGUAACCUUCAAACACUGAAAGAUUUUCAACACAUAGAUGAAGCUGGAAAAGAUCAAGGUUAUUAUAUCCGGGAAAAGUCUAAGCAAGUUAUAACGUUGCUGACGAAUGAACAGUUGCUGCAUAGAGAGAGGAGAGUAGCAUGUCGGACUAGACAGCGUACCUCCUACUCUGUGACAUUUCCUAAAAGAUUACCUGGUACGGGUAACUCACCAACAGCAUGUGCUUCUGCUCCCGCACCAGAAAUCCCUGCUUCAGAGAAGAAGUGUAAGCUUCUUAAGGCGGCAAGGCUACAUAAUAAAAAAAACACUUCCAAGGCAGGAUUGAAACAAGAGCAGUGUCAAGACAUUCAGUUGCCUAGCAGAAGUGUGUCAUCCCAGGAAAUACUACCCCUCAAGAUUAAUGCUUGGAAAUCAGCAGAGGACCUGAUGUUAUUUUAUGAGGAUGAUCCAAAGCCAGUUUUGCCGACAAUUCCUACUUCCAUUAUCUCGUCAACUACAUGGUUGUCAGAAGGGCAAACAGAUGUCUGUAACCUCUGGGAUGCAGAUGCUGUGCCUGUUCCCUCAGAAGAAAGCCCAUCUCUGCAGACAAGUGUGAGUUUCGACAAGAAAUCAGACAGUACCAUUACAGAUACUGUAAUAGAAAACCCUCUGCAAAUGUCUCUAGAAAAGCAGCCAGCUGCAAAAAGUUUUGAAACAUUGACAACUUUACCAGCAUUUUGGCCAUCUAGCAAAGAAGAGUUCAUCAACCCUAAUUUAAGGAUAUCAAAGUCGGAUUCUACUUUCUAUAACCAGGGCUCUGUGGAGACACUCUCUGUCUCUCCCUCAUUCAAGACACUUGACCCAGUGAAACAGACUGUAAUAAUCAGUAAGGACCAUCAGAAACGAACAGAAUCCGGCCUGGUUCAGGUGGAGGAUGAAAACCUCAAGACCUUAACCACAUGGGUUGCAACUGCCUCUAAGGGGGCAUCCUCCUUUUCUACUUUAUCCGUGUCAUCUCCUGAUUCAGCCUCUCCAAAGAAGUCUGUUCAUCUCUCACCCCCAAUUUUGGCCGGACCUUCCUUCUGGAGUUUGUCCCAUCAACAAUCUUCGCCUGCCUCUGUUAAAGAUAAGACAGCCAGGGUUCAUCACCCUUUUGCUCCUAGGGGCCCACUGUCCUCUGAUGAAGAGGAAAAUGACCACCUCAACCUACUGGAAAUUCUUCCAGACAACUCUGAUUCUGCCAAAAAGAAGACAAGUCCUAUUUCUAGCAGUAAUUGGGUAGCAUCUUCCACCCAAAAUGUAGACCAUUUCACCUCUAUGUCCUGUUCUAGUUUUCAGGCAACCAAAGACCUGCCUAGGGAGCCUGAAACAAAUGAUUCCACUAACGUUCUUCUAAGGGAGGUGAAAAAUGCAAUAGUUAAAUUACAUGAAGAUCUGAGCAUGGUGAUACAAGAACUUAAUGUCAUCAAUAACCAUCUGGUAAGCAUGAGUGGGAAUAGUCCCCAAAUAAACAAGUCUCUGCAGUCUCCCCAGUAUUCUGAGGGGUGCUCACAUCGAGUCUAACAAUCUCAAUAGCCAUUUUUUUAUAGAACUCAUGUGGUGUCACUUCCCAAGGACUAAGAAAUUAACCUUUUAUAGUUUCUCAUUACUAUGGCAAAAAUAGGUUGUUGGUUUGAUUUUUCCUUGUCAGGUUUAUUAAACAAGUAUAUUUCAAACCAAUAAAUUCAUUUGGGUGGUUUAUUUUUUACAGAGAGAAAGAAUCACCUUUGAUAAUAUUUUCAGAUUUAGAUAUUAGUUCAUUUGAAACUGAAGAGAAUUUCAUUCUUCCACGACCUGUACUUUACCUCAAAAUACAUUGAGCACUAGUGAAAGUUGUGGUCAGACUUCAAACUGCAAACGACUGUUCUAGAGCUUUUGGAUAAAUUGGUAGUAAGAAGCCCUUCAU